UCUUCCUGUCAGUUACUUGGACACUUUCAUUUGAAUGGGAUGCACAAGACUGCAGAUGUGAUUUUGGGAGGACUGUUUCAAGUCCACUUUUUUUCAAGCAUUCAGGACCUGUCUUUUACCUCACAGCCACAGCAGCCUAUUUGCCAUGGUUUUGAUGUCUUAGGAUUUAGGCAGGCACAAACCAUGGCGUUUGCUAUUGAUGAAAUCAACAGAAACUCCAAGCUGCUACCUAAUGUGACUCUGGGAUAUACUCUUUAUGAUAACUGCCUUGAACUUGGAAUUGGAUUCCGUGCAGCACUGUCAUUAGCCAGUGGUCAAGAGGAGAAAAUUAUAUUAGAUAAUAAAUGUGCUGGAAAUCCUCUGGUCAUAGGGAUUGUUGGUGAUUCUUCCUCUACACGUUCUAUUGCUAUCUCCACUGUCUUAGGUUUGUACAGAGUGCCAAUGGUGAGUUAUUUUGCCACAUGUUCCUGCCUGAGUGACCGUCAAAAGUAUCCAUCCUUCUUUCGGACAAUCCCAAGUGAUGCUUUCCAGGUACGUGCUAUUAUUCACAUCCUAAAACAUUUUGGCUGGACUUGGGCAGGUCUGCUUAUCAGUGAUGAUGAUUAUGGACUUCACGCAGCCAGAGCCUUUCAAUCUGAGCUGAGUCUGUCAGGUGAAGGUUGCCUGGCCUAUGUUGAAGUUUUGCCCUGGGACAAAGACACAGAUGAAUUAAGGAGGAUAGUGGAUGUGAUUAAAAAAUCCACAGCUCAUGUGGUCAUUGUCUUUGCGCAUGAGAGUCAUAUGAUCAAUCUUAUGGAAGAGGUAGUGGCAAACAAUUUAACAGGGUUGCAGUGGAUGGCCAGUGAAGCCUGGACAGCAGCUGCUGUGCUACAAACACCUCAACUUAUGCCAUACCUGGGUGGUACACUGGGUAUUGCAAUUCGUCGAGGAGAAAUACGAGGGCUGAGGGAAUUCCUGUUACAAGUACGUCCCAAUCUACACCACAGCACUAGCUACGGAAGAAGUAUGUUUUGGGAAUUCACAUUUCAGUGCAGAUUUGCACCACCUCCAGCAGGCUGGGUGGAAGGUGGAGGUACAAUAUGCACUGGACAGGAAAAUCUUGAAAAUGUGGACACUGAGUUCUUGGACGUUUCCAAUCUGCGGCCUGAGUACAAUGUGUACAAAGCUGUUUAUGCUCUGGCGUAUUCCCUUGAUGAUAUGCUUCAGUGCAAGCCAGGAAAAGGAUCUUUCAGUGGGGACAGCUGUGCAACAUUACACACACUGGAACCAUGGCAGCUUGUUUAUCACUUGGAAAGGGUGAACUUCACCACUUCAUUUGGUGAUCAGGUGUCAUUUGAUGAGAAUGGCGAUGCAUUACCAAUUUACGAUGUGAUGAACUGGAUGUGGCUCCCUGAUGGAAGCACUAAAGUUCAGAAUGUGGGUGAGGUUAAGAGGUCAGCUUUCAAAGGUGAAGAGCUCAUACUUGAUGAAGACAAAAUAUUCUGGAAUUUUGAAUCCAAAAAGCCACCUCGAUCAGUAUGUACUGAGAGCUGUCCUCCUGGUACCCACAUGGUGAGAAGGAAGGGGGAACCCAAAUGCUGCUUUGACUGCAUCCCUUGCUCUGAAGGAAAAAUCACUAACAAGAGCAACUCCUUGGAGUGUACCAGUUGUCCAGAGGAUUUUUGGUCAAACCCCGAGCGUGACUACUGUGUUCCAAAGAAGACAGAGUUCCUCUCCUACCAUGAGCCUCUGGGUAUUUGUUUGACAGCAACCUCAUUACUGGGCACAUUUGUAUGUGCUGUUGUUCUGGGGAUCUUUAUCUACCAUCGCAGAACACCCAUAGUGCGUGCCAACAAUUCAGAACUUAGUUUCCAGCUAUUGUUGUCACUCAAGUUGUGUUUCCUGUGUUCACUGUUGUUCAUUGGACGACCCAGGCUGUGGACAUGCCAACUCAGGCAUGCAGCAUUUGGGAUCAGCUUUGUGCUUUGUGUCUCAUGCAUCCUGGUAAAAACCAUGGUUGUUCUGGCUGUGUUCAAAGCCUCCAAGCCAGGAGGGGGAGCCAGUCUGAAGUGGUUUGGUUCAAUGCAACAGAGAGGAACAGUUCUGUUUCUUACAUCUAUUCAGGCAGCCAUCUGCACUACCUGGCUUGUCUCUUCCUCUCCAACUCCACAUAAGAACACCCAAUACCACAACGAUAAGAUCAUUUAUGAGUGUGCAGUUGGGUCCACUGUUGGUUUUGCAGUGUUAUUGGGCUAUAUUGGUGUGCUGGCUGUCCUCAGUUUUCUAAUUGCAUUCCUGGUAAGGAAUCUCCCUGAUAGUUUUAAUGAGGCCAAGCUCAUCACAUUCAGCAUGCUGAUCUUCUGUGCUGUGUGGGUGGCCUUUGUUCCUGCUUAUAUCAGCUCACCAGGUAAACUUGCAGAUGCAGUGGAGGUAUUUGCCAUCUUGGCCUCAAGUUUUGGACUCUUGAUUACACUGUUUGGGCCGAAAUGUUACAUAAUCCUGUUGAGACCAGAGAUGAACACAAAGAAAGCUAUAAUGGGUCGUGGCAUUGACUCAUAAAAAAGUCUAUUUCAAUAGAAAGAAGAAGUAAUUAUGUCUUUUUCAUAUAGAUAGAAAAACAAAUAAAUAAAAAUGAUACAUUUAAAUAAGAUAAUGUUCUUUUUAAAUCUCUGUGCUGAUGUCACAUGACUGCAAAUGUACAAUUAUGGUGAUUCAUUCCAUCCAUCCAUCCAUCCAUCUUCAUCCGCUUUAUCCGAAGCCGGGUCGCGGGGGCAGCAGCCUAAGCAGAGAAGCCCAUACCUCCCUCUCCCC